CUGGCGCUCAUAUGCCUCUUAACCAAAUUAAGCAUUUUCAGAAUCCAAAGGCUCUUCGAGUUCCAACAUUUCCAUUAUCCUGUGGUCGAACUCGGUCCAAUAGAUGUCUCAUUAGUUUCAGUGAUCAAAGAUAGAGAUGUACGCUUUGUGUUUAGGGUGGAAAGCAAUGGAGUGUCAUGGCAGAUUACUCGAUCCCGUGACCAGUUAUCCCAAUUUGAUCGACAGCUGCAUCACUGUGUGUUCGAGAGACGAUUCUCACGUCUUGAAGAGUUGGAAAUUCUGGAGGAAACAAAUGAGAACAGUGUCAAGGCGGUUUUGGAGAGGUACACGGUUCGUCUCUCACAACUUACUGGUAGUAUUAUUACAUGCUGUCCCGUGCUUGACUUUCUAGAGGUUGGCCAUCGCGGAGGUCACUUUGAGCCUGUAGAAGAUACUGCCAUCAACACGCCAGCGGUCGCAGCCGCUAUUGUCACUAAACACUUCGAGCCAACAUCAAAGAGUCAUCCUCGUCUGAAGGUCUUCUACCCUGUUUCGAUUCAUUUUUAA